AGGCGAGUUUAGGGGGAGGUGAGCAACAAAAUGGUAGGGUUUAAAGAUCAGUUAAGCCCCCCCUCCUCCCUGCAGCGGGUGGUAUAUAACAUGGGGCAACAUGCUGCUCCCGCAUUAUAUGUUGGAAGUCUGGUCGGGAGAUAGAAUGAAAAGGGUCUUACCAAUACAUUAGAAAGAGAAAUCAUGACGCUGUUUUUCCUGUUACUGUUGCUAGCCAGUUCCAGUGCUGCUCUUCCCCUGGAUAACGCGAGCCAAGAUGACAUCCUCCCAACGCCUUCUGAAGGCCUUGCUAUAUUGCCAACUCCAACAGGGGCAAAGUCGCGGUUUGCCAUGUUAGACGACGUCCGCCUUCUUGCAAAUGGCCUCCUUCAGCUGGGCCAGAGCUUACGGGAAUUUGUGCACAAGACCAAGAACCAAAUCAAUGACAUCUUCCAAAAACUGAAUAUUUUUGACAGGUCAUUUUACCAGCUUUCAGUGGUCACAUCAGAAAUCAAGGAGGAAGAGGAAGAACUGAAGAGGACAACUGGUGUAUUGAAAACAAACAACGAGGAGAUCAAGAACCUGUCUUUGGAAAUCAAUUCAAAGAUCAAUAACAUUGUGCAGGAGCGUGAACAGCUACAGAGCAAGGUGGGAAGUCUUGAGGAGAGGUUGAAGGGGCUGUCGGAACAUAAGCUCCAUCCUGACCAGCUCAAAGAAAUUACAGCACUCAAGGAGAUGAUUGAAACUCAGGAGAAAACAAUCACAAGUCUACUGAAAGCUGUGCAUGAACAGCAUGAACAGCUUGACCAUCAGAAAAUCCAAAUCAAGAAUAUGGAGGAAAAGCUCAACUAUGACAAUUUCCAAGACACAGUCGAUAAAGCAAUGGAUUUGGAGUCGACAUCUCCAGACAUAUUUGAGUAUCUGACAAGAAAUGGAUCUGACUUAGAUGAAAACGAUGUGCCUGUUGACUGCACUGAUUUAUUUGAAAGAAAAGUGAACAGAAGUGGAAUAUACACCAUCAAGCCAAAACAAUCUGAGCCUUUCAACGUUUACUGUGAAAUGGGUUCUGAUGGAGGUUCAACUGUGAUCCAACGCAGGAUUGAUGGUUCAGUGGAUUUUGACCAGACAUGGGAAAAGUACGAAAAGGGUUUCGGAGAUCUGGAAAAGGACUUCUGGUUGGGUCUGAAGAAGAUCCACAGUAUAAUACAACAAGGAUUGUACAUCUUGAAAAUUGAUCUGGAGGACUGGAAGGAGGAAAAACACUGGGCUGAGUACCACUUCUCAUUGGACGACGCCACUGAGCAUUAUGCACUCCAUCUUCGCCACUUCUCCGGUGACCUGGUUGAUGCCAUGGGCAACAGUUCCGGCGUGCGAUUUUCCACCAAAGACCGAAAUAAUGGCAAUCCACAAGUUUCUCACUGUGCACGCAAUUACACAGGUGGUUGGUGGUUUACGGCAUGUGGAGAGAACAACCUUAAUGGAAGGUAUCUGUGGGUUCGAGCGAAGGGACGUCCUGCAAGAAGAAGGGGUAUUCCCUGGAAACCUGGCAACACAUCAGCGUAUUCCCUCAAGAUGACCAAAUUCUCCAUCCGACCAGCCACAACUGCUGAAGGUUUCAACUGAAACUGACAUCCAUAACAACUCUGACAACACUACUGGCAUUUUUUCAUCAACCACAAAUGUACAUCACACAAACAUAACACAAAAUGCUUGUCAAUAAUGUUAGAUUUUUGUUGCGCUGUAUCAUGGAAAACAAGAUUUUGGAGGAGGCUGUUAUAGCACACCAAACAAAACGGAUGAUGAUGAAAUUAAAAUCCUCCAUUUUUUUUUCAUAAAUCGACAGCACCUUGUAAUGUGGUGUGCCCUGAAUAGAUGGAUUUAACUCAAAUUUCUUUCUAUUAUGUUUGCGCUCUCAUUCACAUGUGCACCUCUUCGCUAGCAGGUGGUUGUUUUCGUCAUGCCGGAACGACUUCCUCCUUCCAUGUCUAAGAAUCAUGGGAAUUGUAGUCCUUCUAGUCUAAGCAGAGCAAAUUCUAGCGGUGCAUUUUCAAUGUUACGAUAUGCGACAAUAUCCUCUGUGAGACUGAGAAGUAAACAUUAAGUUAAAUUCCA